AUGGGCACCAACAGCACCCCUGUUGAAGACAACAUCAUCCUGGUGGGCUUCUCGGAUCAGCCCAGCCUGGAAAAGAUACUCUUCGGGGUUGUUUUGGCAUCAUACCUCCUGACUCUGGUGGGAAACACAAUCAUCAUUCUGAUCGCUUCCACUGACCCUCAUCUCAAAACACCCAUGUACUUUUUCCUCACCCACCUCUCCCUAGUUGAUAUCUGCUUUACCACCAGUAUUGUCCCCCAGCUGCUGUGGAACCUCAGGGGACCAGCCAAGACCAUAACCGCCCUGGGCUGUGCUGUCCAGCUCUAUGUCUCCCUGGCUUUGGGCUCCACUGAGUGUGUUCUCCUGGCUGUCAUGGCUUUUGACCGCCACGCUGCCGUUUGCAAACCUCUCCACUAUGCAGCUGUGAUGAACCCACGGCUGUGCCAGGCCCUGGCAGGGGUUGCAUGGCUGAGUGGAGUAGGAAACGCUCUCAUCCAGAGCACUGUCACCCUCUGGCUGCCUCGCUGUGGACACCGGCGGCUCCAUCAUUUCUUCUGUGAGGUGCCUUCCAUGAUUAAGCUUGCGUGUGUGGACAUCCACACCAAUGAGGUCCAGCUAUUCAUUGCAUCCCUGGUCUUGCUCCUCUUGCCCUUGGCACUGAUACUGACGUCCUAUGGACACAUCGUCAAGGCAGUUACUAGGAUCAAGUCAGUCCAGGCCUGGCGCAAAGCCCUGGGGACAUGCGGAUCCCACGUGAUGGUGGUGUCCCUCUUCUACGGGACCAUCACCGCUGUGUACAUCCAGCCCAACAGCUCUUAUGCCCCUACUUCUGGGAAAUUCAUCUCCCUCUUCUACACGGUACUGACUCCAACCCUCAACCCUCUCAUCUACACACUGAGGAAUAAAGAUGUGAAAGGAGCUAUGAGAAGACUAUUUCACAGGGACUUGGCCUCAUAA